CUAGAGACUACAAACAUGCUUCAAACUGCUGCCGAUGGUAGCUUUCUCGAUCUCUUCACGAUGAUGCCUUGUGUUGGUUAUCUCCUUGUCGCUUUGGCGAAAACUUAUAAAAUCAAGAUGAAUAGAUCCGUGUUUGAGAACCUGGUUUUCGAGUUACGCGACAUGUGGCCAAAUGAACUGAUUCCAGAAGAUGAGUACCAAGUAAUAACAAAAUCCCUAAAACAACUUAAACUACUCAUCGGAGCUUAUUUCUCCUGCAACAUGAUGCUCGGGUCGAUCUUCGUCAUACCCGGAGUCUACGUUUACAUAAAGCGCUCGAUUGGGUACGAAAUUCCUCAGACACUGCCAUUUGGCUAUUGGUUACCAUUCGACCCUUAUCAGGAUAUAAAAUAUCUUUUCGAGACAGUAUUUGUUGUAAUGACUUGUCACUGUUUCCUAUCAGCACUUUUCAUGAUGGCUGGAGACCUAUUGCUUAUGACAUUCCUCAGUCACAUCACCACACAGUUUGCUCUACUCGAGGUCAGAAUAAAGAAACUCUUUGAUGUACCCAUUGAUGACCAACUCGUCGAGGCGUACCCGCUCGGUGAAGUAAGGGAGAAGCGACUGGAAAACGAUGCUACAUCGAAUCACGAUGAAGAACUUGAGAAUGGAAUUGAGAAGAAACUUAUCUUCAUUAUACAGAGACACCGAGCUUUAAUCAGACUGUCCAGUGAUAUAGAAAAUAUGUACACGUUCUCACUGCUCGUCAACUUUAUGAACAGCUCGGUCAUUAUAUGCUUCUGCCUAUUCUGCGUCGCUUUUGUUGAAAAAUGGAACGAGAUUGCCUACAAGAUUUUUUUUAUAACAGCAAUAUCUCAAACUUGGAUUCUCUGCUGGUACGGACAAAGAUUAAUGGACACAAGUUCGGGCGUAGGUGCAGCCCUUUAUAACUGUGGAUGGUAUAUUGCGUCACAUAAGAUCAAAAAAUCUAUUCUAAUUAUGAUUCACAGGGCCCAAAAGGAAGUGCACAUAACAACAUAUGGAUUCUCUGUUAUAUCUUUAGCGAGCUACGCAACGAUUCUUAAGACUUCGUGGUCAUAUUUUACACUCCUAAUUAAUAUGUAUCAAGAGUAGAAAAUGAUACCAUCACAGCCAUUCUCGUACGAUUGAUACUUUAGUUGCACGCAAAAAAUGUCAGGUACCUAGGUACACUAAUUUUAGUAGUCAAGUAUUAACUUUAACAAGGGAGUUUGUUACUUUGUGAAGUGAAAACUACCUU